CGCGGGAAAGAGAGCGACUGAGAGUGAGAGGAAAUUAAGAAACGCUAAAAAAGAAACGGAUAGUAUUCUUUUGGUUCUUUGUUUGGGGAUUGUGAAACGGCAGCAUUUUUGCAAUGGCGGAGCGUACGGACGGAGUCAAGGCGGCGGAGUCUUCGAUGGACAGGAUAUCGGACAAGAUCCACGGCCACGAUUCGUCGUCGGCGGUGCCGUCGUCUGGGGCGGUGCACGACAAGGGCAUUGGCGGUGGCCAUUCAACGUCGUUGAAGUCCAAGGUUAACAGGCUCUUUGGGAGGGAGAAGCCCGUGCACCACGUCUUCGGUGGCGGAAAAGCGGCUGAUGUUUUCCUGUGGAGGGACAAGAAGGCGUCGGCAGGUGUUCUUAUCGCCUUAACGAUCAUAUGGGUUUUCUUUGAAUUGUUUGAAUACCACCUGCUGACUCUGGUCUCCCACUUGUUGAUUCUUGGGAUUGCUUCGUUGUUCUUAUGGUCCAACGCUUCAACCUUCAUUAACAAGUCUCCACCUCACAUUCCACAAGUUCAAAUUCCAGAAAAGCUGGUUCUACAGAUUGCGUCUGUAAUCACAUUGGAGAUCAAUCGGGCUUUUGUUAUCCUGCGCGAGAUUGCUUCUGGCAAGGAUCUGAAGCAGUUCCUCUCUGUGAUUGCUGGAUUGUGGGUUGUGUCUAUCUUGGGCAAGUGGUACAACUUCUUGACCUUGGUGUACAUAGCGGUGGUUUUGCUCUUCACGCUGCCUGUAUUCUACGAGAAAUACGACGACCAGGUGGAUGCAGUUGCGGAGAAGGCACUGAUUGAGAUCAAGAAGCAGUAUGCAGUAUUUGACGCGAAGGUUAUGAGUAAAAUUCCUAGGGGGCAAUUGAAGGACAAGAAGUUUUAGAUUGGAUGUCGUGCAGCCGGUUCUAUUAAGCUGACAGAUUUUGGUAGCUGUGCUUUGCCAGGGUGUUUUGCACAUCUUAUCCAUGAUUGCUUAGGAUCCUCUUCUCCCUUUUGUGUUGUUCGCGAGUCCAUUGGAUUCACAAUGGGGAUGAAUUUGUGAAUUUGUUUUACGUGCUUGUUUUCGCUACGUAUAUGAUAUUUUUGGUUUUAUUUUUCAUGGAGAUUUUAAUAUGUGUGAUCUGGUGAUCACGCUAGCAAACUUCAAAUCAAUGAUUAUUCUGUACAUUUGGGUUUCAGUUU